AUGAAGAGUCUGCGGACGGCCUCGCCGUCUCAGGUGCUGGACCCGAGCGAGGUGCAGGAGGCGAUCCGGCUGCACUUCAGCCAGCUGCACGGGCAGCUGCAGCUGCGCGUCUCCCGUUCGCCGGUGAAGGUGCUCGGGCCGGCGUCCGGCGGGUACCGACCCGUCCGAUCUGCUCUCCGUCCCGGCCCGGCCUGUUUCGUCACCGGCAGUAGGGCCCCGAGAAAGUGUGAGGAUGCGCCGGACCGGUCGGAGGCUGCUGCCGAGGAGGGCGUCACGCGGCUCCAGCAGCUGCUCUCUGUGUCUGUCUCCGUGUCUCUGUCUGAUGAGGCUGCUGCCGAGGAGGGCGUCACGCGGCUCCAGCAGCUGCUCUCGCAGGCCGAGCCGGUGCUGGCCGGCGGCGAUGGUGUGGCCGUCACCGCCGACCUGGAGCCCCUGCUGCAGCAGCUGGCGGCCGCCUGCGAGCGGCCCUGCCACCUGCUCUGGGCCGACGGCGACGCAGACGGCGGCCGCGUCAGCUUCCUGGCGGACAAGACGCUGCUGACCUCUAUCGGCGACCACGGGAAGCUGGAGGUGGACAUCGCGCCGCCAGUGCGUCUGCUGUCGGACUCUGAGCUCCCUGCUGACCAUGUCGUCACCGAGAUCACGCCCGAUAUGCUCGCCGAAGAGGAGGAGCCGGUGCGCGACACCACGCCGGCCGUUUGCUCUGAGCCGGCCAUCCCUCCGGCGGCGGCGGCCGGCACUGUGGAGCUGCUGGCCGUCACUGCGUCCCGUCCGCUGCCGCCGACGCCGGCGCGCCCCGGCAGCUCGCCGCGCCCCCCGUCCGACCGCCGACUGGCGGCGGUGUUCCCGGCCCCGGCCCCGGCCCCGGCCCCGGCGCCGCCUGCAGCCGCAGCCGCCGCCGCCAGGGACAGCGGACGCACGGAGGCCGCGGACGGCUCUCUGGCGCCCUUCGGCCAGGAGCGUGUGCUGGUGACCCACAUCAAUAGUCCGUCUCAGUUUUACGUGCAGCGCUGCUGCCAGAACCGCCAGCUGCAGGAGCUGAUGCGGCGCGUGGCGCAGUGGAGCCGAAACCCCGACAGCAAGCGCAACAAACACCUGCUCACGCUGGCCAAAAACGAGCUGUGUCUGUCGCAGUACCGCAGCGAUGGCCGCUGGUACCGGGCCCGCAUCAUAGACGUGUACCCGCCGGGCGAGGAGGGAGCGCCCUUCGAGUACGAGGUGUUCUAUAUCGACUACGGUAACCAGGAGCGUGUGCUGGAGUCCCGCCUGCUGCCCAUGUCCGGCCCGCUGGCCCGCGACCACGACAUGGCUCUGCUCUGCACCCUCUGGGACCUGGUGCCGGCCGGCGGCGCGGCCGCCUGGAGUCCGCGCGCCACACACGCCUUCGCCGAGCUGGUCCGAGGCGAGUCAGUGGCGAUGACCACCAUCAGCGCUAAGCCGGGCCGGCCGCGCGAGGUCGAGAUGCUCAAGAUGCCCAACCGGAACAUUGAGGCCGACUCGCCGCAGUCGGUGCGCGACCACCUGGUGUUCCUCGGCGUGGCCAGCUACGUGGGAGGCGCCGCCGCAAAACGGUCUCGGGCGGCGCCCGGCUCGGGAGUGGCCGCCAGCGCCGGCCGCCGGCCGCCGCCCGCCACCCCGGCCGUCACCGUGGCGCGGAUGGAGAGUGCCACGGCCGACCGGCGCCAGUUCUACGCGCCCGAGCACCUGGCGCGCGGGUCGCAGACGGACGUCCUCGUCAGCCACGUGGACUCGCCGGAGACGUUCUACAUACAGCAGCUGGGCGUCCACGCCGAGUACCUCUCCAAUAUGAUGGACGAGAUCCAGCGAGUGUAUGCCAAGAGCACCAAGCACGCGCUGCUCAACCCGCAGAAAGGUCAGGUGUGCGUGGCCCAGUUCUCGGUCGACGGCAAGUUCUACCGGGCCGAGAUCGAGAUCCUGCUCUCCCACGGCAUGGUGGACGUCUACUACGUCGACUACGGUAACCGCGAGCGUAUCUCGCUGCAGGCGGUGCGCAAAAUCGAGGACAAGUUCAUGGUCAUCCCCAAACAGGCGUUAAAGUGUCGUCUGGCGGACAUCCAGCCGAUGAACCCUCAGUCCGGCUGGGAGGACGCGGUGCGACAACAGCUCAUCGAGGCCACCGACAACUGCGUGCUCAAGAUGUACGUGGACAGCGUGGACUCGAUCUCUCACGUGGUGACUCUGUACAAGUGCCGUUCGGAUGCCGACAUCUGCAUCAACGCCCUGCUGGCCCAGCUCAGCUGCGUGAGAGGCACCGCGCCCAGCACGCGUACGGUCGAGUACACCAAGGUGGGCUGGGAGCCGACACGCGAGGUGCCGGCCGCGUCCGGCUCGUCGGUGGCCUCCUGGCCGCCGUCGGCCGCCCGCCAGUCGUCGGAGCGCACCGGUACAGCGUCACAGUCGUCGGCCGGCGACGCGGCGCCGGUGGCCACCAGUACCGGCUCGCUGGACGUGGCCGUGUGCCACUGCGAGUCGCCGGCCAAAUUCAGCGUCCAGAUCCGCGGCGAGAUCACCACCCUAGAGCGGAUGAUGCGCGAGCUGCAGGAGCUGUACGGCGGCCCGCGGGCGCCCUCCCGGCACGGCUACUCGUGGCGCGCCGGGGACGUGGCGGUGGCGCGGUGCCGCGGCAUCGACCAGCGCUUCUACCGCGUCCGGGUGCUUUCCGUACCGGAGGAGGCCGCCGACCAGGCCAAGGUUCUGCUGAUCGACUACGGACAGACGGCCACCGUUCAGCAGAGUGAUAUCUCCGUGAUGGCGGCUCAGUUCGAGGAGCACCGCGCCUUCGCCCUCGAGUGUCACCUGCACGGCAUCCGGCCGGCCGGAGACCGCGGCGUGUGGACCGGCGUGGCCAGCGAGUUCUUCAAAGACAUGAUCGACAAGUCCAAGAAGCUCUUCCUAGUCUCCAAACUGCCUGCCGGCGGACAGCGUCCCUCUCAGCUCUCCUCGCUGCCGUGUGACCUGGAGGCGGAGGAGCACAAGACGGUCAGCGCGCUGGAGCCGACGCGCCGCAUCCGCACCAGCCUGGCUGGGAAGCUGGUGGAGCAGGGACUGGCCUUCAGUAACAGCCGGUCCGCCAAUCUGUGCGACCCGCUCGGCGCCGCCGCCGCGGAGGAGGCGGGCGGUCUGGCGGCCUCGCUGCAGCCGGCCGUGCGCGGCACCCGUCCACCGGGCGCCGACGGCGAGCUGUCUGCCGACGGCGAGCUGUCCAGCGAGCUGGACGGAGCGGCGGCGGAGACGGGAGCCGGCUCGCGCGCCUCGGACGGCACGCUGGGAGCCGAGGAGCCGGCCACGCCCUGUGAGGAGGAUCAGGAGAUUCCGCUGGGCGCCGACUGGGCCACGCUGCGCGCCGCCGCGGCCGCCGCCGCCGCUGCGGCCUCGUCGGCGGCGGGCUCGUCAGUGGCGGCGGCGGAGGCGUCGGCGGCCCCGGCGCCGGCCGAGGGGUGCGUGACGCCGCCCGGCGAGCCGGGCCGACUGGAGAUGAGCAUGCUGGCGGCCGAGGAGGCGGCCGAGCUUGUGCAGCAGCGCUCGGCAGAGGAGGACUGGCUGCCGGCCGUGGUGCCCAGCGAGACGCGACUGCGCGCCAUCCCCACACACGUCACCAUGGCCGGCUCCAUCUACCUGCACACAUACCCGAGAGGCAAGGAGACGUUGGAUGUGAUAAAGCAGGCGCUGAAGACGCAGUUUGAGGGCUCCCAGCCGCGGCCCUGCGACAGCUACUGGUUUGACGGGCAGCCGUGCAUCGCCAAAUACUACCUGGACGAGGGCUGGUACCGCGCCCGGGUACUGCAGGUACACAAGGAGAAGGUGACGGUGCAGUUUGUCGACUACGGUAACACAGACCGCGUCAGUCCGACUGAGCUGCGCAAAAACAUCAUCAUGGAGUACGUGCCGAUCCAGGCGCUGCUCUGCGAGCUGCACAACAUCGUGCCGCUGGCCGAGGACGGCAACUACUCAGUGAAGGCGCUCAACUUCAUCCACUCCCAGAUCGUGGAGCGCGAGUGUCACGUGGAGAUCCACCACUUCAACGCCGACUCACGACGCUUCUUGGUGUCGAUCCGUUUAGCGCAGAGCGGCCUGGACAUCAGCGAGCUGCUGGUCAAGAUGGGUGACGCGCGCUACAUGACAGACGCCGAGCUGUCGGCGGCGGCGGCCGGCGCCUCGGGCCCGCUGUUGGACGUGCUGCUGCACCGCUCGCCCUACCCGCGGCUGGCGCUGCCGGCCGGCGUGCUGGUGCCCGUCACCGUGGCGGCGCUGCUCAGCCCGGCGCGCCUGCUCGUGCAGCCGCAGCGCGUGGCCGGAGAGCCGAGCCCCCAGCUGCGACUGCUGGCCCAGCACCUGACAGAGAUCGACCAGCUGGCCGACCGGAUGGCGGACGAGGCCGGCGCGCAGCCGCCGCUCGGCGACCCCUGCGUCGGCUCUCCGUGUCUGUCGCUGUACUCGGCCGAUAACGCCUGGUACCGGGCUGUCAUCACCGCGCUGGAGAAGGACCGGGCCACAGUACAGUACGUCGACUGGGGCAACAACGAGACCGUCAGCGUGUCCAGUCUGCGGGAGAUACCGGCGGCGCUGCGCACCCUGCCGGCCUGGACGCUGCUGGUGGAGCUGUGCCGCCUGGCGCCCGCCGACGCUUCCGGGUGGUCGCCGGAGGCCUUCAGUGCCAUGCAGGAGUGCCUCUUCAACCCAGACGUACAGCUCUGGGUGCGCGUCAAGCAGAGUCUGCGGGAGCCGCCGCUUGUCGAGUUGGUUGUGUUCGACGACCCGGCGGCCGCCGAGGUGAAGACCCGCCUCGCCUACCAGUCGGUGGUGGACCGCGGCCUGGUGAAACUGGCCACCCCCACCCACCGCUAGGAGCGCGCUGCCGGGGGAGGGGGGCAGCACCGCGCUGCGGCCUGGUGAAACUGACCACCCCCACCCACCGCUAGCCGCUGCCGGAGGGGACGGCAGUGUUCCGAGGCUGCCCGUCAGUGGAGGGAGCCCACAGGCCGUCAGUGAGGGUAUCUCGCUGACGACCCUGGCCGUCAGUGAGGAGUAUCUCGCAGACCCUGGCCGUCAGUGAGGGGUAUCUCGCUGACCCUGGCCGUCAGUGAGGAGGUGGUGAGCGAGUGAACAGACCCUCGGCUGCCACUGAGAGACACAGUCCACAGCGGUGGCCGGGGCCGGGACCAACAGGAUCAAACUGAACGCCGCGGACGUGUUGUCGCUUAAUCCGGAGUGUCGUUCCGUCGUCGUUACGCCCGGCCGGUGGGCAAUGGUACAACGGCCUGUCGUAGUGCCUUUGCGCCAGCUGUGCGCGGUCGGCCCGCCUUUGCGCUAGCUGUGCGCGGUCGGCCCGCCUCUGCGCCAGCUGCGCGCGGCUCUACGCUACUCUGCGCCAGCUGUGCGUGGUUGGCCCGCCUCUGCGCCAGCGGUGCGCGGUCGGCCCGCCUCUGCGCCAGCUGUGCGCGGUUGGCCCGCCUCUGCGCCAGUUAUGCACGUUUGGUCCGUUAUGGCUGUGUUUAGAGUGUUUUCCCAGUGACAGUUUGACCUAAUGUUUCAGCGACAAACUGCGGAUCUUGUUCAGUUGAGAAGAGAAAUACAUUUCUAUUAUUA